AUGGCCUCAGGAGGGAUGAGCGACAGCUCCGGUGUGCAUACCUUCCCGCCUCAAUCGUCUCGGAGUGACACACAUCAUGUCGUCUUUGAUCAGAACAAUGAGGAUUUAGAAGCCUCCUUGGACGGUAACGCAUCCACGCAGUACCAGCAUGCAUCGUCAUGGCUUGAUCGCGCUCGAUUGGCUUUGGCACGAUUUGGACGUUUAGCUGGUAUGAAUCUGCCUGGUAUCUCGUACACAAACCUCUCUACACAAUACUCGCAUGGUGAAGCUGGCCGUCGGUAUGGUGGCGGCAUUGUCCAAGACGGUGUGUUUUCCAACAUAAAUGCUAAGCCUGAGCGUGCGCGGGAAACGCUUGACCCACACGACCGUGGUGAUGAUGAUGACCUGGCUGACGAUACUUUGCCCCCCACGUAUGAAGACGCGGCAGCUGAUGCAGCGCCGACGUAUUUUGAAAGCACCGUGUUUGGUGGUGGCCUGAUUACGGAGGCAGAUGGUGCAUGGACGCCUGAGAGUGUGUACAUUGGAGAGCCUGAAGAUAUGCUGCACUAUGGUAUGACGGUGGGAACGAUCUUUGCCUUUCUAUGGAAUCUGUUUGUCAGCUCUAUGUUCCAAUUUGUCGGGUUUGUUCUUACAUUUCUCUUGCAUUCGACUCACGCUGCCAAGUUUGGCAGUCGUGCCGGUCUUGGUGUCGCACUGCUCCAAUACGGAACAGAUAUGCUCCAAAGCGUCGAUACUGCCGUGAAAGAGGCCUUGGCGAAGCAAGCACAGUCUCCCGAUGACGCCGCAUCGAAAAAGAACCAUGACGAUCAUCCAUUGCCUUCCCCUGAGUACAUCGCAUGGUCACGUACUGUGUGCAGAACGAUAGCCAUCAUUGGCCUGAUUCUGGUUGUGGAAUCGACUGUCCGGUUUGUUCUUCUCUACGUCAAGAGUGCGCGGCUUGUUGCAGCUGCGCGUCAACGAGAGCGCGACGCGGCACAAGCUGCUGCGGCUCAGGAGUUGCCCUCUGCCCAGACUGCCACAACGCAGGAGCCGGCGUCGUCCGGUAUGUGGAAUGAUUUGAUGGGCUUUGAUCCUGUUCGGGCUGUAACUCGAGUUGCUGGCCGUUUGGGUCAGUCCCUCAUGUCCGACGUCCAGUUCUUCAAUUCGACCUUGGACCACUCGGCGGAAGACUAUGUGAUCCGACCUGGCUUAGGAAUGCGUCAUCAUACCAUUUUCUCCUCAGACGGCGAGCAACCGUCACAAAACCGUUCUCUAGACGAACAACUCGCACAUCACUUGGGUCUGACGCCACCGUUUUUGGGCCCUUCUCCGUCCACCACGGAGGUGGAACAAGCCCAUGAGCUCCGCUCAAUGCGCUUCAUGUAA